GUCUAGAGAAUAUCAAAUGGAUCCGUUAGAAAGAAAAACGUGAAAUUUUUGUUUUGUUCUGAAAAAAGAAGAUUUCAACAUGUUUGGAAGAUAUGUCAGUCAAUGCAUUUCACUCCCUUGUAAACUGUCGGGUACAUUACAGGAAAUAAACAGAUCAUACUGUGUCACAAAGAAAUUUAUACAAAUAUCAUUAUCACGGAAAUAUUCUACAGAAACUAACAAAUCAAGAAACAUGUCUGCAAUUACAGAAUUUAUGUUAAAGGAAAGAGGAUUUGAAGUGAAGCAAAAGCAAAGUUUUAUUUCAUCAAAGCUAAACGAUUCUACAAUUUACGAACUGGAAGAUGAAUUAGAUGAAGAGUAUGAUCUUGAAGAACAAAAUCCUUUGAUGUAUGCUGAAGGAGCAUUAGAAGAUCACAUAGAGGAUGUCAUAGCUAGUCAACAAAUACAUGUAGAUAAAACUGAAAAUAUUACUUUUACACAGAUUAAUGCAGACAUCAAAAUGGGAAAGCCGGAUCCUGCAGUUCCAAUGAGCAAUAUAACUUGUCAAGGCUGUGGAGCCUUUUAUCAUUGUAAAGAUCCUUCCAUUCCAGGGUAUUUACCGAGUGAAAGGUUUUUGUCUCUAACAAAACAGCAAUUAAGAAGAAGUCUGUGUCAAAAAUGUAGCCUAAUGCAUAAUCACAAUAUAUGUCUUAAUGUAAGAUCAUCUGAGGAAGAAUUUCAUAAAAUUAUUGAAACAAUAAAUGAAGAGAUGGCUCUUUUAGUGUUAGUUGUUGAUGUUACUGAUGUCAGAAACAGUUUAAUGCCAAACUUAUUUAAACUUCUAAAUAAACAGAGUCGUCCACUAUUUAUAAUUGGAAACAAAGUUGAUUCAAUUCCAAUGGAUGCAUCUGGCUAUUUGAAACGAAUUAAAAGUUAUUUAUUUCAAGAAUGUAAAGAGGCUGGUCUUAAUCCUAAUGGUAACAAUAUAAAGUAUUGUGGACUAAUAAGUGCUAAAACAGGGUAUGGAAUAGAAGACCUAAUAUCAAAUUUAAUGGUUCAGUGGAAACACAAUGGGAAUGUUUAUUUACUUGGAAAUACAAAUGCAGGCAAAUCUACCUUGUUUAAUGCACUCCUACAGUCAGAUUAUUGUAAAUCUAGAGCGAGGGAAAUAGUCCACAGAGCUACAGUUUCAGUAUGGCCAGGAACAACAAUCAGUACAUUGAAAUUUCCAAUAUUGAAUCCAAAAUCUUGGAGAAUGCAAAUGCGUGAAACUAGGUUAAAACAAGACAAGCAGACUUUAGUGGAUGAAAGAAAUCUCCAGAAAUCUAUAGUUCAAGAAAAGGAAAACUUAAGGAAUCAAUGGAAAUCUUCAACUUUGUCAGGCUAUUUAGGUGUAACAGACUUUGGAGAAGACUACCAAGAGCCUCCUCGAUAUGACAUGUCUACUUUUGAAAUGAAGCAUGAUUCCCUGGUUUCUAAGAGUGGGCGUGACCAUCUCUUAGAUCUACCUACUAGUAUAAACUUUGAUGAUGUUGAAUAUCAGCAACAAAACCGUUGGCUUUUAGAUUCACCUGGUGUUAUUUGUGAAAAGCAGAUAAUCAACUUAUUGACACCCACUGAGUUAAUAAAAUUGUUGCCAACUGAUGUGGUGCCACCUAGGGUGUAUUUGUUAAAACCUGGGCAGUCUAUGUUUAUUACAGCCUUGGGGAGAAUAGAUUUUAUUGAGGGGAAAAAGCCAGUGUUUAUAACAGUCCAUGUUACUUCCAAUAUAAAGAUUCACAUUAAAGAUAAAGAAGAGGCGGAUGAUUUCUAUGAUAAAGCCUAUGGGACAAGUGUUUUGCAGGUACCUAUUGGAGAUGAAGAAAGACUGGACAGUAUACCAUCAUUAAUUGGAAGAGAGUACCAUUUGACAAACUUUGUGUCUAAUGACCAUGCCAUUGCGGAUAUUCAGCUUUCAUCACUAGGCUGGGUUUCUGUUACUAAGAGUGAUAACAGUGAUGUAAGACUAAGAGCCUACACACCGGGAGGUAGAGGACUGUAUAUAAGGGAACCAGCAUUGCUGCCUAACAUCAAGGCUUUCAGAGGAAAGAGAAUCGGGGGAAAACAAGAAUACAGAAUUCAACCACCAAAAAUGCUUUAGAUAAUAAAUAUUUCAAUGAC